GAAAUAUGUGUGUACAAACUGCGUCUUGUUUUGUCUGUUACACCUUGGUUGUGUGAGGACUUUGUUAUAUAAUUGAAGCCGCAGCUGUCGAAAGUUUCCCUGCCUGAAAAUGUCCGUUGAUAAAGAAGAGACGCAGCAGAGGUUAAAGGCAGCAGUCCAUUAUACUGUGGGUCGCCUGUGUCAGGAGAUGGGACAGGAUCACCGGAGAGAGUUCAGUCGACAAGUCAUAGCAGCAAUAGCUGAGACAGCUUACAGACAAUGUGACACAUUUGCUAAAGACUUGGAGGCCUUUGCAAGACAUGCUAAAAGAAGCACAGUGUCUUCAGAAGAUGUAAAGCUUGUUGCUCGUCGCAGUACUGCACUGUCCAUCUACAUACAAAAUAAAAGUGAAGAACUGAACCAGGAGCAGAGGGAUUUGAAAAAGAAGAGCACUGGGAAGAGGAAGAGCAGAGACACUGAGGAGGAGAGCAGAGAGUAAGGACAGGACACAGGCAGGCCUGCAGUGUCUCACUUGUGCCCAACAUUCAAAUAAACAUGACGGCUGACUAACACAUGACAAGAAGUUAAGUGUCAAAGGUGCCAAAGACAUUCAGCUACCAAUCCUACAACAGCAGAUGUCAUUUGAUGUAUCACAUAAGUUUAAUGUACUUUCUCUGACUGGUAUCUGUCCUGGGACUUGCUGAUGUAAUGUCAAAUUACAGUGCAUUUGGCACUGGUUCGACAAACAACAACCUGCAUGAACUGACUCCAAAGUACUGACUACAAGAUCUCUGCUAAAUUAUAUACCUACCUUGUUUAAUUAAACUAACAUGAGUAAUCUAAAUGUUUCUCACUUGUAUUGUUAAGACUGCCAGGCAAACUGUCCAUAAUGUGUACUCAGUGACCACUUUAUUAGGUACACCUGUAUAAUCUGAUGCAAUCCAACACACCGGCCAUGAAGCCUACUUUUACGAUGCCUGUAAUUUUUGUUUUUGUUAAUACUUAAUAAACUAUGACCUCUACAGGUAGUGAUUAGUCUGCAUUAUGUUCAGAGGAGUUUAAGUCUGCCCCACUCAUAUGUAGAUAGGAAGGGGGAAAAAAUUAGAAACACAUUAAUAUAAUCCAGUCCAGUAUAACGCAAACUACAACCUCAGUGUUAAACAUGCUUGCAUUAAAAAUUUCCGACUGCCUACAAAAAUAAGUGGUCCUUUAAUUUAAGGCAAGUUAUAUUUAAUACUUUAAUGCAGAACGAGAUUUAAGACAAAAUUUACAGUUAUAAAUAUUGAAGAAAAAACAUAAAUCGCCAUCAAUUACUUAAAGAUAGUGACAGUUGUGCCCAAAUAUUUAUAACAUAAAACAUAACGUUUGGUGCUGUUAAUGUGAGAGACGUUUAUUGGAAAAAGAUAAACGUUACUAAUUAUUUUGAGAUUUUACGAUUCAUCACAAGAAAAAAUACAUAAACCUAUGUCCCAUGUCUUUACAAUUUUAAGACUUUUUUUAAAGAUUGAUUUAAGACAUUUUAACGCCAAUUAAGGCCAUAUUUUUAAAAAUUAAUCUUGUGCCUUUUGAGAUUGUACGAUUCAUUGGAAGAAAAAUAUUUAUGAAAUACUACUUUCCAUGUCUUCACAAUUUUAAAGACUUUUGAAAGAUCAAUUUAAGAUAUUUUAAUACCAAUUAAGGCCUUAAAAAAAAGAAGUCAGUGCCUUUUAAAACUUUCUAAAGAUCUGAGGAAACCCUUAAAAUUUAACAUUUUAAACUUCCUGAAAGUGACAUUUAUGACAUAACUUCUGUAUUAAUUUACAAUAGAAUGUACAGGUGUACUUCUGAAGUGGCCACUAAGUGUGUAUGAUCAUCUAAAACUUACCGAACAAAUGCCAUAAAAUUACCUGAUAUAUUAUUAGUUGUCUGACUGUUUAAGCCAAAUUAAAGGCUUAAAAAAUACAGUUUGGAGAGGUAAUGCCACACUGCUGAGCUCAUCUAUUGAAGGAUUUCUAUAGACAGUGAUCCCCUCUAGACCUUCCAUCUAACCUUAAGAGUAGCUGUGAAUAAUCAAAAAGGGAUGAUUCACUCUGACAAGCCAUCAAAAGCAGCAAAAAGACAGGUACUACCCCAUGUCAUGUCUGAGAAGGCCACACACUGAAAGUGUUGGAACUUCCGUCUUCGUCCUUCAGAACAGACUUCAGUCAGGGUUCAAACGGAGACCUCGACCAGCAGAGCCCAAGGUCCCUAGAUAUGUGAAUCGAAUUAGAUGUUUUUUUAUUUGACAAACUGACCCAAGUAAAUAUCAACUAAGCAUCUAUUCAAAUGAACUUUAUUAGAGAACUCCCUUCAUUUGACAUGUUUUUAAACACCCCACAAACAACACAAGAGCUACUGGGAACCAUUGGACACACCACUCCACGUUCUCACACUAUCACUCGCGUCCCCCAGAGUCUUCAGCAGGUUGUCAUCCACAUCAAGUACACACUUACAGAUCAGUUCAAUAACAUGAAAGCACACACCAUACAGCAUUCAAAUCAGAUAAUAUAAGCAAUACAAAUAUUCAUCACAACAUUCCACUACAUUUGAUAUUUCUGCACUUGAUCGACAUACUUAAGAGUAAGGAAAAACUUGCAAAGAUUAAAAAAAAAAAAAAAAAAGAAAA